AUGUAUCCCGAUAAAAUCACAACCCAGUUGGAAUGGACAACCUCUUUGAAAGUAGGUUCCCCAACCAACCUUAGAAAGACGUCUAUAAUUUGUACUAUUGGUCCUAAAACUAAUAGUUUAGAAAUGAUUUCUGCCUUGCGUAAUGCAGGCAUGAACAUUGUCCGUAUGAACUUUUCUCACGGUUCUUAUGAG